CUCUCCCAGCAACGCCGGCCCGCUGCGCACUGCACUCACUCACCCGACCGACUACCGCUGCUGCUGACCUGCCCCCGAGCAGCAGCAGCAGCCCAGCAGUCAAGGCUCCGUUUGCCUCGAUUCACGCACUCUCUCUCUCAGCGCCCACUGCCGGCCAGCCAGCCAGCCAGCCAGCCCACUUCUUUUUUCCCCGUUGGAGCCAUCGUCACACCUCCGUUUGCCAACUCACACCAACACUCUCACCACUCUCGCGCGCACCCUCUCUCGCUCAAUCUCUCUCUCACACUCUCUCUCACUCUCUCUCUCACUCUCUCUUUACUUUCUCCUUGCUCCCUUUUUGCGCAGCGACUCGCGGCGGCAACAUCGUCGAUUUCGGAAGAAAAGAAGAAACACCUAUCGCGCGGCUCUGCCCGCGACCCCUGCGCCCUCCCGCCGCUCUUUUCAAUCCUUGUCUUCUUUCGUCGUCUCGUCUUUUUGUGUCUGGGCUGGGCGCGCUGCUGCCGCCGCUGCUGCCCGGGCCCUUCCUUGUCCGCCUGCCAAGUUCGAGCCUACAGUACCUAAGGUACCCAGCUCUCCGGGGUGGGCGCGGUACGUACCUGUGCGUACCUUUUUCUGGUGGUGCCCGUGCCUCUAGAGGUACCACUAGUACCACCUAUCGCGGGACGUGGAGCCCCAGACGACGCCAAAGCUUCGUUUCCGCCGUCGCCUGUCGCACCACCACAAACAACCACUUCCCCCAACCUGACUCCACGCCUCGCCUCGUCGCGCGCCGACACGCCCCCCGUCGUCGCUGCGGCACCGCUUCUCGCAUCGCCGCCAUCGCCUCGUCUUCCCUCGGCGCAUUGCCUUGCCUUGCGCUCCGCUCGCUCGCGCGCGAUCCGUCUUCGCUCCUUGGACUCACUACCAUCACUGCCGAAACUCGCCAUUCAGUCGCCUACUAGCAAACCGACCCAGGCCGUCUGCCAUCACCACCACCACCACCACCACCAAACUACAAAACCACAACAUCAACGAGCGCGCACGCCGUACGCCCCCCGUGCGCGCGCUCGAUCGCCGGCUGUCGCAGCGCAUCCUUGCCUCCAGGCAUGGUUAGCCCCCGCAAACCAUGGAUGCCGCGGCGAAGACGGUCGAGUCGCUGUCCGAGCACAUCUUGCCCGACAAGCCCCAUCACCUCUCAUACCAUCCCCACUGGCGAUAUCGCCCGCGCCCAGACGACUCGGCUCCCGGCUCUCGCCCGCGCUUCGAGGAAUGGCAUAAUACCCGCCUCCAGUACAUGACCCUCGUGUCCCAGGCCGACCGCGGCACCCUGCUCACGCGCCCCUACUACGACAUGCGCGAGGAGCCUCCCAAGGCCGUCCCCCGCGAGGUCAGCGCCUUGGCCGCCGGGGGAGAGAAGAAGAAGAAGCUGUCCCUCACCGACUACAAAAACAAGAAGACGGGCACGCCCUCGUCAGCCUCCCCACCCGAGCCUGCUGGCGCCAAAAAGUCCUCAGAUGGUGACCGCGCCGUGCUGCCGCCGAACCCAGACCGGGCUGCGACCUCGAAUCCAUACACCGUUGCAGAGCCCAAACCAAACAAAUACACUCCAGACUCUAGAAAGCUGGAUGGGUCCAAGGCCCUCGACUCCCGACCCUUGCUUGAUGGCAAGCCACGACCACCCCGCGACGGCCCAGACACAACUCUCCCGCCCAAGCCGCCCUCGCUGCCUCCCAAACCCCCAUCGCCAGCUGCUAGGAAGCGGGUGGCCGACAUUGAGGACCAGUUGCGGCCCCAGAAGCGUUCGAGGCCCGACGAUAGGCGACCCGGCGAUGAACGGCCGCCGCCGCCACCCCCAUCAUCGAAUAGAGACGACGCGCAGCGUCGCAAGGAUAGACAUCAGUCGAGCACGCGAGAUAGCAUGCCGCCGAAAGAGGAUCGGCUGUCAGCCUCUUCCUCAUUGCCAAAUGGGCGUUCCAUUCUCAAAGGCGCCGUCAACUCCGCGCGCAACUCUUCCCCCGGAGCUCGUCCGCGAGGCGACUCCAUCAAUGGCGUCCGCCCGAGCUUGGGUGGCAAUGAUCGCGGCACCCCUACCAAGCCCGAUGCCCCCAAGCCGUUCGUGCCGCCUCUGCUAUCCCCCCUGCACUUGAGUUUCGACGACCAGAACCGUGCUCGUGGUAAUGACGAGGGUUCCAUGGCUCGCAAGAAGAAGCGGAACGACUCCGGGGACGCCGCCCCGGCUGCGAAGACAAAGAAGCCCGAAACGCAACCUUUGAGCAAGAAGAAUCGGCCGCAGGCAGUCGUUCCGCCGCUGCUGUCACCCACGCUGCCACCUGCUGUGGAGGCUGAGUUGCGACGGAACGAGAAGGCAUCGUCGGAGCCCUCGGACGACAAGGGUAGAGAUGGCAGAGACGCGCUGGGAAUCAAGAGAAAGCCUGCGCCUGACAACGGCGACGAGGAGCCACCUGCAAAGCUCGUCCAGCGUCGUAGGCUCCUUUUGACGAUGGACAUACCGAAGCACUUGCGGUCCGAGGUCAAGCAGAUUCUUGCCCCGCCGCCCACCCGGAAGGAAGCGACGAAGCAAGACAGAGACAAGCGCGAGCGCGACCGCGUGGGCAGUGGUGACGAGCCCCAGCCUCCCGCCAGAAAGCGCCCCAUCGGCUCUGCCGACUCUGCAGCAGAUUCACUGGCCACCAAGAAGCCACGACCGUCCGACGCUUCUCAUCUAUCUCGAGUAGCAGCCACGCCAUCGACACCGUCACGCAGAUCGACCGCGAUGUCUCGCGUCAGCUCCGGCAACUCCAUGGCCAACACUCCCGGCGAAGGUAUCAACGCCACGCCCACGACAUCGGCCGCCGACAGGCGCCCCAACGGCCAGGGUGCUGCAGCAGGCAGGCAGGACCGUCACGAGGACAUCAGAAUCCUUAACGAGAGGCAUGAUCGGCUCAGACUCCGGGCCAAGGGCCUCAAGCACGUUGCCGACAGCAUUUUCCGGCCCUCCGCAAGGCCAAGCGAGGACAAGGCCAAGUAUGGCUUCGCGGUGGCUUUGGAGUGCAUCAUCACGUUCUCCAUGUCGUUCCAGGCCGUCAACCUGGCUCGACGGCUCUCGAACCGCAAGGGCGAUUACGCCUCUUGGUAUAGCAUGCUACCGCUGCUCGACCUUGUGCACACCGAGAUGCGGCGAGAUGGCAUCGACAGCUGCAAGCAUGUCUUUGUGGCGCUGCUAAUGCUGCACUGUACGUGCAUCGAUGAGGUCCUCCGGUACGCCUCUAACAUGGAUGGCGUCUGCCCCAUAAUGUACGACGUCGUACUCAGCAUGGAACGCAAGCGAACACGAUUCUGGCCCUGGAUCGGCGAGCUCAACGGCACCAUCGACGACCCCGAGAUGCGAAUCGAGCUCCGGCCCUGGUACACCAUCGAUCAGGUGACGGGCGGCGCACUCCGGGUCUUGCGAAACUGGUGUGCGGACGAGAACGUCGACUGGACGCCGGACCCCAUGCUCUUGGAGUAUUGGCCCAUUCAACGCGACUACGCUUGAGCCUGGGCUUUGAACCCAAGGCUACCGGCGAUGGGCUUUGCCCGUACGAAACCAACAGACGGACAAGAGGUAAAUAUGCAGAGGCGGACCGCCACAACGACAAGCCACGCGUUAUGAGAAUCAGAAUGUAGAGAUGGGGAACUACCCGCGUCUCCUGUCCCCUUUUAUGUUAAAGUUCCCGAUUGUGUCUCGAGCGGGGCGUUUCCACGGCAAAGGGAUGUUCUGGCAACGGGACAUAUAUCAAGUGACCAGGGCCAGGAAGGAAGGUCAAGUGGUCACACCACGGCGUUUGAGAUGGCGAAGAAUGCGUCUUGUUCUCUUUUUCAUCAUCUGUCACUAUUUCCAGUCGCAGCUGCCUCGACACACGGGACGGGGUUUACCGUUACCCUUUCAUCAUGACUCGACACUCUUCUCGUCUGGGGUUCCCCCGGCAGCUGGGACGGCCGGCAUGCACGGGGAGAGCGCAUGGAACGCAUGGAAGAACACGACGAGUGAAGGGGGGAUAUCCGCCCGGUGGUAGUCGGCAUGGCGUAGGAAACGCUGAUGCUCGUCACGGCCUGAGCACCGCACCUGUCUUUUCGCUAGGGACGAAGGGGGUCUCCUGUUUUUUUCUUCCCCAUCAUGUUGCUCGCUGGGACGCCUGGCGUCAUUAUUGUAUACUUAUGAUGAUAUCCCACCAUGCCCGCGCGUGUAUCGACACGCGCUCGCCGCUUUGUUUUCUAGUUUUGCAGAUAGCCGGACGUCCUGCUGGACGUUGGCAGAACGAGAAUACAAGGGCCAUCAGUGUCUGGAAUAUUAAGAAAGCCUAGCCUCUUGCA